CCUCGAUGUGACUUUAUCCUGGCAUUUCGAACAACCCUGCGCACGCCGUGUUAUGGUGAACAGAACUUUCACUGCACCUCAUUCCGAUCAAUGGACACUGGGCGUAAAACCAACCAAAGGUAUUGCUAUUAGGCACCGUCACACGCGGCCAGAAAUCUGAUUCACCUCGUGGCCAUACACACGCGGUCGGGACGCAGCACACGAGACGCAUAGAAAAUGGUGGGCAAAAAGAGCGGAAAGGCUCUCCUACGAGAGGAGGGCCUUGAAAGGACAGACAACAACAUGGACUUGACGUCCUGGCCACAAAUCAUCCCGAUUAAUCAGAAGAAUUAUUACACAGACUACCUCAAACGAGAUGAACAGAUCCUCGCUGUGCGUUCUCAACAGGAGGAAGCCAGAAACAAGAUGGUGAAGCAGCACAAGGACAGGGACCGCGCAUUGGCGCAAGGCAAGACUGUGGGCACAGAUGGUGAUAUCGAAAUGGAAGAUGGCGAGGACGAAGAUGAAGAAGCUGAGGACGAAGCCUCAAGUGGUGCAAAGACCAUUGUCAUCCAUAUCGGUUCACAAAAUCUGAGGGUCGGUCUAGCGAACGAUGCGCUCCCUAAGACUGUGCCAAUGGUCAUUGCGCGUCGCGCACCCAUGUCCGAAAGCGAAGAAAACGACGGUCAACCCGCGCCGAAGCGAGCGAAGCUAGACAACGGAUUACCUCCUCCCGAACCGGAGAAGCGUUUCGGUGAAGACUUUCAGAAAAAGUUCUCCGGAAUGUCCAACGAUCUGAAGGUGAGGAUGCGAAUGAAUAAGAGGAAGGUCUUACCACAAUCCAGAGACAUGGUUACCAGCUACAACCGAAGAAACACCUACGAGACCAUAACAGAGCACAAUGACACCAUGCGCAUUGAGUGGACGGAAACGACAGGAAGCGCCAAUGGUGCACCAGAAUACAUCACCGGGAAGGCUGCGCUUCGAAUUCCUGAUCAGUCAACCCCUCGGUACAGACUCUACUGGCCCAUCCGUCUGGGCUGGAUUAAUGAAGCAGAUUAUUCAUCCAGACGCUUUCUGUACGAGGACAUUCGGUUAAUCCUUGAAGAUGCCAUCAAGUCCCAGCUAGAGCUCAAAAUCCGCACACGCGAUGAAUGGGCCCAGUACAGCUGUGUCAUUGUCAUCCCUGACUACUACGAGAGGACCUACGUAACUAGUCUGCUCGAUAUGGCCAUCUCCGAAUUCGGUUUUGGCAGAGUAUGCUUCAUUCAAGAGAGUUUGGCUGCUUCAUUCGGUGCCGGUUUCACCACCUGUUGCAUAGUUGAUAUUGGGGCACAGAAGACAUCAAUCUCUUGUGUUGAGGAUGGCAUGGUAAUUGAAAACUCCCGAGUCAAUUUGAAAUAUGGUGGCAGAGACAUCACUGAGGCCUUCGUCAAGAUGGUGAUUUACAACCAUUUUCCUUAUUCCGAGGUCAACUUGAACCGACGUUACGAUUUUCAGCUCGCAGAAGAACUCAAGCAAAAGUUCUGCACCAUGAAUGAGGCAGAUAUCUCUGUCCAACUCUACGAUUUUCAUCUUCGAGCCCCUGGCCAAGACACCAGGAAAUACACGUUCAAAAUUUACGAUGAAGUCAUUCUCGCACCGCUGGGAAUGUUCAGGCCUCAAAUCUUUGACGAGACUGGAAAAUUGAAGGGCCGCCGAAAAUUGGUCGACAAAUCCUACGACAUCUACGACGGCAAGCCUAAUGACCCCAGUUCAAGCGCCCAAGCCGAAAUUCUCACAGCUAUUGCUCCGGAGGAAGUACUGACAUCGAACACCAAGAUUAAUCUGAAAGCGAACGGAAUCACCAACGGGACCACCAAUGGCACGAAAGACGAAACUCACACUGACUCGCGCCGUCCAUCAUUUAGCAAUAUCAAAGAUAUGGACGCUACGCCGCAGCCCUCUGCAGCGAGCUCCCCAGCGAGACAGCUCGAUGGCACUCCCCAACCCGAAGACAGUGAAGGCGCAGCCCCUCGUGAGGAAAAGCCCAAAGUCGAAGAAGAAGUGGAAGAACCUCUCAGCAUUGAGCGCCGUGACGAUAUCCUGCCCAUUUACCCACUUCCCAACGCGAUCGUCACGUCAAUCACCCAUGCGGCUAAGAAUUCACCACAAAAGACCGGCGAUCUGCUCAGCAGCAUCAUGUUAACCGGAGGUACCAGCAUCAUUCCGGGCCUACCGGGACAUCUUGAGGACACACUCAAAGGUAUAUUGCCAGGCUAUAGCAAGGAUAUCCUGAUUUCACGACCACCACGAGAGUUGGAUCCGCAGGUCGUGGCGUGGAAAGGCGGCGCAGUGUUUGGCCGCAUGAGCCGGACUAAUGAUAGCUGGGUGAACCCUUUUUUGUAUGAGAGAUUAGGCGAGAGAAUCCUGGCUCACAAGUUGAUGUGGGCUUGGUGAGUGGUGGGACUCAAGAGUCCCAGAAAGCUCAUUUGGCUUGAGGAAUGGUGUAAAUCUAUUUUCCAGCACAAGCACGAACCAACAACUGCCAGGUCUCACAAUGGUGAACGUUGAGUGGCUUCUAUGUCGGCGCUAGUGCUCUACUUGACUGGUCGCAGAGUAAGCAGGAAGUUCUUCCCUCAGCAGAGCCGGCUAUUGCACUCUCUGAUCUCGUGUGCCCUCUUCGAUCACUGGGAGACAUGAUUGGUCUCGAAAUUACCUAACAGAGGGCCUUUUGGAAGACAAUAGAUGGGGCAUCCACUCCUCCACCAACCAAGUACGAUUCUUCUGGAGAUCGCUCCGCAGAGCUAAAGGCCACAUUUUCCUUCAGCAAUGCUGGAGUGCUUGGACAGAUGCUCAACGAAAAUUAUUCGUAUUGUGAGAGACUUCAGAGCAACUCAUUAACAAAAGGACCGGAAGCGAAAGUCGUGACGGCUACAAUCCAAAGCCGAUGCUGCAGACACAUGCAGCAUUGAAUAUUACCAACCCCAAAAGC